AUGACUUUCCUCAUUCUCUCUCUCUUUCUCUCUCUCUUUCAGUCUCUUUCAGUCUCUCUCUUUCAGUCUCUCUCUUUCUCUCUCUUUCAGUCUCUCUCUUUCAGUCUCUCUCUUUCAGUCUCUCUUUGUCUCUCUCUCUCUCUCUUUGUUUGUCUCUCUCUCAUGUUUCUCUUUCUCUCUCUCUCUGCAUGUUUGUCUCUCUCUCUCUUUGUCUGUCUGUUGUGUCUCUCUCUCUCUCUCUGCAUGUUUGUCUCUCUCUCUCUCUCAUGCAUGUUUUCUCUCUCUCUCUCUCUGCAUGUUUGUCUCUCUCUCUCUCUGCAUGUUUGUCUCUCUCUCUCUCUGCAUGUUUGUCUCUCUCUCUCUCUCUCUGCAUGUUUGUCUCUCUCUCUCUCUCUCUCUGCAUGUUUGUCUCUCUCUCUGCAUGUUUGUCUCUCUCUCUCUCUGCAUGUUUGUCUCUCUCUCUCUGCAUGUUUGUCUCUCUCUCUCUCUGCAUGUUUCUCUCUCUCUCUCUGCAUCUCUCUCUCUUUGUCAUGUUUCUCUCUCUCUCUCUGCAUGUUUGUCUCUCUCUCUCUCUCUGCAUGUUUGUCUCUCUCUCUCUCUCUGCAUGUUUGUCUCUCUCUCUCUCUCUGCAUGUUUGUCUCUCUCUCUCUCUCUGCAUGUUUCUCUCUCUCUCUCUCUGCAUGUUUUCUCUCUCUCUCUCUCAUGUUUGUCUCUCUCUCUCUCUCUCUGCAUGUUUGUCUCUCUCUCUCUCUCUGCAUGUUUGUCUCUCUCUCUCUCUGCAUGUUUGUCUCUCUCUCUCUCUGCAUGUUUGUCUCUCUCUAA